AUGGCUUCAUUAUCUUUUACAUUACUGCCUGAAGCGCUUAUGCAGCUUCGUGAUGUUUUGAUUUGUCUAUCUAAAUUCAAUGAAACUGUCUCAAUCGAAGCAGAGCCUGACUGCCUACGCCUGUCAACAUUGAACGUUACCAAAUCUGGUUACGCAUCAUAUAGAUUAGAUGCACCGUCCUUCUUUUCACAAUACUCAUAUAAUACGCCAUUGAAUAAGGACAAAAAUGGAAAGGAUAAGAUUUCUUGUCAAAUAUAUAUCAAAGCACUAUUAUCUGUGUUCAAGGGACGGGCUGGCGAUUUCAAGGACAAAGAUACUGCAAUUGAAAAGUGUGAAGCCCAGUUAUUCGACAGCCCAGAGGAAACAGAAUGUCGUUUUGUGGUACAGAUGAUUUGCAAGCAUGGUGUUUUGAGGACCUACAAGCUCAUCUAUGAGCCAGCUGAUGUUCAGCAUGCAAUUUUCGCUAGAUCAGAUUCCCAAAAUCAGUGGAGUGUGGAUUCCAGAUUCUUGCGUGAAAUACUUGAACAUUUUGGCCGUGGCGCAGAGCAUUUAGACGUAUAUUGUGAAGAUGGCCGGGCAGUGUUCACUAGCUAUACAGAGAAGGUUAUAGCAGGGACAGAAAUACUGAAACAGCCAGUUCAUACAUCCGUGGCAAUCGAGACACGAGACUUUGUCCAUUUUAGCGUCGAAGAAGGACUACAUGUUGCUAUCAACUUAAGAGAUUUUAGGGCUGUUAUUCUUCAUGCAGAUACGCUCAAGGUCCCCAUCACCGCUCGGUAUACACGGCCGUGUCGACCUCUACAAUUCUCCUAUGGUAUACCUGAGAUGACUUGUGAAAUCACGCUGAUGACGCGUGGGGAAGGCAUUGAUGAAACGGAGUCGGUUCCAUCGCAGAGUAAUGGGGUGCGGGAGGUUCCAGCACGACCUGCGCAACAAGUUGCAGUGAGUGUGAGUGCUGGGGGAGAUGGAGUUGCCAGGGAACAGCAGCAGCCGACGCAGGUACAUGCGCAGGUACAACCCGAACCACAAAUAUCGAUGCUGCCACCAGCCUCUCACGGGCAAGGUACGAAGCAGAUCACAUCCCUUGCUCCUGUCGCGCCAAUAGAUCAUGAGAGCUUGUUUGUUGCAGCAGACGAUGAUCGCCAGUGGGAUGAGCCUCAGUACGAGGAGGAAGAGAGGGAGGAUAUGCUUCGAUGGGACUCAAACCUGGACCAGGUAAAGACCUUUCUCAUGCCCAUAGAUUACUUGAUAUUGAUGAAAUCGUUGGUAAUAGGAGGCCUUGCGGCAGAAUAUCGGAGGCACUAUCCAAGACAGCGUAUCUAA